AUGAUGGGCUACAACAACCAAGGGCACGGAUACAACAAAUUGUUCACGCAGGGCUCGGCGGAUUCAAACUACUCGCAGCCAUCCUCGGAACUGUCGCUCGACGAAGAUAAAGAGGCUUCGCGCCGCGAGAAAGAGUCGCUGGCUCUCAUACAACUCGACAAGGCUCGGACGAAGCCAGUGGCUUUCGCAGUGCGCACGAAUGUCGCGUACGAUGGCACGCUGGACGAUGACUCGCCGGUGCACGGCAGCGCCAUCUCGUUCGAGGUGCGCGACUACCUUCACAUCAAGGAGAAGUACGACAACAACUGGUGGAUCGGACGGCUCGUGAAGGAGGGCUGCGACGUGGGCUUCAUCCCGUCGCCGGUGAAGCUGGAGGCGGUGCGCACGGGGCUGGCGGCGCGCGGCCGCUACCCGCGCCCGCCGUCCGCCGGCCCGCCGCAGCCGCUCCCCAGCCGAGGUAGCACCCCCCCCACGCCCGAUGUCCCUACCGUCGAUAGAGGCGAGGACUCGGACUCGGCGGGGCGCGGGCGCGGCGCGGGCGCGCUGCCCGGCGGCAAGGAGAAGCGGAAGCCGUUCUUCAAGAAGCAGGAGGCGUGCACGCCCUACGACGUGGUGCCCUCCAUGCGCCCCGUCGUGCUCGUGGGCCCUUCGCUCAAGGGCUACGAGGUCACCGACAUGAUGCAGAAGGCCCUCUUCGACUUUCUCAAGAGACGGUUCGAGGGCAGGAUAAUAAUAACGCGUGUGAUGGCGGACAUAUCGCUCGCGAAGCGGUCGCUUCUGAACAACGCCUCGAAGCGAGCGAUCGUGGAGCGUUCCAACUCGCGCUCCACUUGCCUCGUGGAAGUUCAGGUACUCGACUCGACGGAAAUCGAGAGGAUAUUCGAUUUAGCGAGGACCCUGCAGCUGGUGGUGCUGGACUGCGACACCAUCAACCAUCCCUCUCAGCUUGCGAAGACCUCGCUAGCACCCACAAUCGUCUAUUUGAAGAUUUCUAGUCCAAAGGUGCUACAGAGGCUAAUAAAGUCGCGCGGCAAGGGGCAGAGCAAGAACCUGUCGGUACAGAUGGUAGCGGCGGAGAAGCUGGCGCAGUGCCCGCCGGAGAUGUUCGACGUCAUCCUGGACGAAAACCAGCUGGAGGAGGCCUGCGAGCACAUCGCCGAGUACUUGGAGGCGUACUGGGCGGCGACGCACCCGCCCCCGCCCGCGCCCAGCGCGCACGCGCCGCACGCGCCGCACGCGCCGCUGCCGCACGCGCACCACGCGCACCACGCGCAGCCUGGUAGAGCGCGCGUCCAGCGACCGGAGCGCCUGGAGGAGGAGGAGUACUACCCGCGCGAGCACUACCAGCGGUACCCGCGCGACUACCCGCGCGAGUACCACGAGGGCUACUCGUCGGAGUACGCGCACGACCCCUACGAGCGCGAGGCGUACGGCCACGACUACACGCGGGAGUACGGCCGCGAGUACGCGCGCGAGGCGUACCCGCCGCGGGACGAGCGGGGCGCGCGCGCGCGCGAGCGGGACGCGCCCGACGAGUACGGCGCGUCCCGGCGCGCGCUCAACGCGGUGUAG